UUGAAGAAAACCAACGUCCUCCACAUAGACGUGCGGGAGAGGUGGGAGAUCGACAGAUUUGGAAAAAUCCCAGCGUCCAUCAACAUACCGUUGGGUGAAUUAGUGGAAGCACUACAGAUGGAUCCAACAGAGUUCAAGAAGCAAUACAGUCAAAAGAUGCCAUCCAAGUCAGACCCUGUGGUUUUCUCCUGUUUGGCAGGAACAAGAAGUAAACAAGCACUUGGUUUUGCCACGUCCUUGGGUUUCAGCAGAGUUCAGCAAUAUGCUGGUGGCUUUGAGGAUUGGGUAAAACAUGAACCUCCAGAGAAAAAAUGA